AGUCUUAAUUGUGAGUUUGCCGUGCUCAGUUGGAUCUUUUGGAGGCACUUUAGCAUUUCUUUGCACCGUCUCUUUCACCUGACUUGUUUGUUGUUGGUGGAAGUCAAUCGGACUCAAUUGAGAGUGAAUAUGAAAUUUUCACAUGAGACAUUCAAUUUAAAUUGGCUCAUUUGCUUUUGAGGCGAACGCAAAAGAAGUGGCAGAGACUUUAUGGAAUUCAGUGAACUCUCUCAAGUGACACAGUUGAACAUUUUUUAACAGUUAAGCAGGUUUUCUUUUAUGGACUUUCGGGGGAGGUGAAUUGCUCAAUAGUGCAAAGAAGAAGAAUUGUGAUCUUUCGAUGAAAGAGGUGCAUUGAGUGCAAGUGUGAAUAACUCUUAUGAUUUCACGCUCAAUUUGUCUUUUGAUCAACUCUGCACUACCAACGGAUUCACUUAAAUUUCUGCUCUGUGGACAAAAAUGCAGUUUCUCUUAUCAACCAUCGUUGCCAUUUGGCUCUUUUCAUCGGAAGUUAGUGCAUCUGGAUUUGGGAGAUGCCCAAAAUAUCCAUCAAUGCCAAAAUACAACAUGACUAAGUUUACGGGGAAGUGGUACGAGGUUGAAAGAUCUUUCUAUUUGCCGGAAAUAGCCUCUGGGUGCACAACCCUCUCCUUCCAGCCCGUUGAUACAUCUCAGGACUUGGAAGCGUCUUACGGGAAGCUCGAAGUUGCCAUCAAAACUGUGAAUCAAUGGACGGGAAAUCCAUCUGUUUCUCUCGGUUUUGCAUUACCAGAGUCUGAAAAUUCAUCCAUAAUGCACUUCCAGUUGUCAUCGAGACUCCCAGCGGCUUUAGCACGACUCCUUCCUGGCACUGGAAAAUACCAGAUUCUGUUCACAGACUACGACAAUUUCGCCAUCCUUUGGUCCUGCUUCAAUUUCGGAUUUGCCCACACUGAUCAAAUCUGGCUUUUAGGACGCGACAGAGAUUUUGUCUUUGAAAUCCGAAAGAAGAUCUACGAUGCUCUGGAUCAAUUAGGAUUAGAUUCCGACCGUCUGGUCAUCUCAAAGAAUAAAAACUGUCCGGUAACUCUGUGAAUUGGAUGGCAGCUCUUUAAUAUUUCCUUUUUCGAGAAAAGGGGUACAAGAACAUUUGUAACUGUUUAAAUUCUGUGAUAAGAAACCUAAUUAUUUUCUGGGUGUAAAGAGGGAAUUGUAAAUUGGAGCCCCAAGUGGGCUGAAAUGAGAAGGGGUAGGAAGUUUUGCAAUAAAGCUGAAGACGAGACAUAGAAA